CAUAGUCCAUAUACCAUUAUCUAUGUAGUGGGCACUUUCUCUAGCCUUGCCUUAAGACUCUUUGUAACUCAGAAGCAAAAUGUACUUGCAGAAGCUCCACGUUUGCAUCUCCGUCAUCUUGAUCACCUCCUCGCCAUUCUGCUUCAGCAGCCACAUAAAUGGCCUGCCCGAUCCCUAUAAUCCUUACCGUGAAUAUGACCCGAUGCCCCGCCUCUCCUCAAUUAGGACUGCCAGCAGGGGUCGGAUCUCCUAUUAUGACUCUGACUUCUGGAGGCAGCUCAUGCUGAAACGGAGUCGAGCUGCCUCUUCAUCGACUUCCCUUAAGUUGGUGAGCGUAGAUGACUAUGGUGCUAAAGGAGAUGGAAGUGACGAUACUGAGGCAUUCGGUAAAGCCUGGAAGGCUGCCUGUUCUGCUCAGAGAGCUGUUUUAGUAGUCCCCCAGAGCAAAACCUAUCGUCUUACACCCAUCACCUUCUCAGGUCCUUGCCAAUCUGACCUCACUGUAAAGAUCUAUGGAACAAUCGAGGCUCCUUCUCACCAAUCAGACUAUGAAAAAGAUCCAAGACAGUGGCUGAAGUUCGAAAACUUGGAAAACUUGAGAGUAGAAGGCGGUGGCUACAUAGACGGCAACGGAGAAACAUGGUGGCAAGAAUCCUGCAAAACGAACCCAAAACUUCCUUGCAAGGAUGCACCAACAGCGUUGACGUUCAACGAAUGCAACAAUCUGAGGGUAGCUGACUUGUCCAUUAGGAAUGCACAACAAAUGCAUCUUGUAUUCCAGAAGUGUGUGAACGUGAGAGCAGUGAACGUGCAGAUAACUUCUCCUGAGGGAAGCCCGAAUACUGAUGGAAUUCAUGUCACAGAAACUCAGAAUAUCCUCAUUGAUCAGUGUGUCAUUAGGACAGGGGAUGAUUGCAUUUCUAUAGUGAGUGGGUCGAGAUAUGUUCAAGCUACAGAUAUAACCUGUGGACCAGGCCAUGGCAUCAGCAUCGGAAGCUUGGGAGCCGAUAAUUCAGCGGACUAUGUUUCAGAUGUCCUAAUAAAUAGAGCAAGACUUUCAGGAACCACGAACGGUGUGAGAAUAAAGACUUGGCAGGGAGGAUCAGGGUACGCUAGAAACAUCAAAUUUGAGAACAUUGCAAUGGACAACGUGGCCAAUCCCAUAAUCAUAGAUCAGAACUACUGUGAUCAAGAGAAGCCGUGUCGACAGCAGGCCACAGCAGUUCAAGUGACGAACGUGGCUUACAGGAACAUCAGAGGAACCAGCGCUUCAGAAGAGGCCAUCAAAUUCGACUGCAGCAGGAACCAUCCAUGCCAAGGGAUUUUCUUGCAGGACAUCAACCUCAGAACCGAAUCCUCGGUUGAGAGCCCCGAAGCUUCUUGCGUGAAUGUUAAACUUACCCAAACUGGAAGAGUCUUCCCUCAAUGUGCCUAAGGACAAAAGGGAAGGGACUGCUAUCAUUUGUCAACCUUUACGUGAUUUGGCCCUGUAAAUGUAUGUUUUAUCAAUGAGAAUGGCAGAGUAAUCUCGAAUUCUAUGUUAAAUAAAAACGUUUUU